GCUUGCCAGCGUGGUGGUGCGGACUGAGCUGUGAAGGAAUCGGACUCCGCAGACGUAGCCUAUAACUAUACACUCUGUGUGCGAGCUCUUGACUUCUGGCCUUGAGACGACCAAGACCAUACACGGCUGAUCCAUGGAGCAAUUGUGCGACUUCUAUCGAGACCUAAAAACAUCAUGAAGAACACGACAUCUUCGGCUGAGCGCAUGGCUGAGGACUCGCGGGGCAAGACGGACGGCAUCAACGCCCAGCCGACCAAGGCGUCACACGUCCUCCACCGCUCGCUCCUCGCAGACCCGGCGACGGUAGUCUCAGCUUCCGGCUCAUACAUCAACCUAUCCACCGGUCAGCGCAUCCUCGAUGGCUGCACCGGGGCCGCCGUCGCCAUCAUAGGCCACGGCAGCGAGGAGGUGCAGUCUGCCGUGCGAGACCAAAUGGCCAAGGUCUCUUAUGCCCACACCCUCGCGUUCACGACGAGCGCCGCCGAGGACCUGGCCGACAUGCUGCUCAGGAACAAGCCGCACGGGCUGUGCAAGGCCUACUUUGUGUGCUCCGGAAGCGAGGCCAUGGACUCGGCUCUGAAGCUCGCGAGGCAGUACCACGUUGAGAGGGGCCAACCCCAGCGGACGCGCAUAGUCGCGCGACAGCAAGCCUAUCACGGCAACACUAUUGGAGCGAUGAGCGUGGGCAGCAAUGUCGCGAGAAAGGCGCCGUACAUGGGCGUGCUGACGCUUCCCAACGUGAGCCACGUGAGCCCGGCCUAUACAUACCGCUCGCAACUCCAAGGCGAGACAGAAGAGUCGUACGCUGCGCGCCUGGUCCAGGAGCUCGACCACGAGUUCAGGUCCCUCGGUCCAGAGAACGUCAUGGCUUUUGUCGCCGAGACGGUGUGCGGUGCGACCCUGGGCUGCGCGACCGCACCACGCGGUUAUUUCCAGGGCGUGCGACGCCUAUGCUCUCAAUAUGGCAUCUUGUUGAUCCUUGACGAGGUUAUGUGCGGCAGCGGAAGAUGUGGCACUUACUUUGCCUUUGAGCAAGAAGGCGACGGUGUGUAUCCGGACCUCCUGACGUUGGGCAAGGGUUUGGGAGGAGGCUAUUCGCCCAUAGCGGGCGUCUUGGUGCACGAAAAGGUGGUAGGCGGUCUCCGACAGGGGAGCGGGUCGUUUGUCCAUGGACAUACCUAUCAAGCUCAUCCGGUGGCCUGCGCGGCGUCUCUCGCGGUGCAAAGAGUCCUUGAACGCGAUGACCUAGUGCGACGCUGCGCAGUGAAGGGGGAAUGGCUUGAGGGGGCUCUUCGGCGUGAACUGGGCGGGCGCAGAUUCGUCGGCGACGUUCGCGGCCGCGGCUUCUUUUGGGCCCUCGAGUUUGUGGCCGACAAGGCCAGCAAGGAGCCGUUCUCGCCCGAGGUGCAUUUCUCGGGGCGGGUUCGCGACGAGGCGCAGAGGCUCGGGCUGGCCGUCUAUCCGGGGACGGGGACGGUCGACGGGACUCGCGGCGAUCACAUCAUCGUUGCGCCGCCGUAUAACGUUUCGGACGCUGAGCUCGAAGACGUGGUGAGGUUGCUGAAGGAAGCGUAUGAGGUGGUCGAGAAGGAGGUGGCGGCAGAGAUGACUCCCUAGUUGAAUUGCCACAUAUAUGCGUAGCAACAGGC